GAUAGGUGUUACCCUCAUUGGGGGUUUGGUCUCUGCUAUGUAUUUAUGGCUUUGCUUGACCUCUCGUUUCUCCCCUCUGAUGUCCUUAUUUCCCGUCAAGGUUGUAUGGCGUAACAACUCUCCAGGGGAACUUAUGUGUAUUUCAUGCACUGCUCCGAGCCUGAGGAUUCUACUGCCAUGAAGUUCCUGGUUGCCGCCAUAUGGAUUCUCGAUACCUUACAUGUCUCAUUCAUGUGUCACAUCUUGUAUUAUUACCUGAUAACCAAUUAUGGCGUUCCAACGAGUUUGGAGUAUAUUGUCUGGUCAUUCCCAGCGUCGGGUAUGGUGAAUUCACUUGUGAUUGUUUUAGUUCAAUUUUUCUUCGCACGUCAAAUAUAUUUCCUUUGUCGCCCGCGCCCGCUAGUGAAGUGGUUGGUGACUACUCCGAUCGUGAGUAUCAUUUUUACGAAGAUUAGGUUUUAUGGGGAGGCACCCGAUUUGGCCAUCGUUGCACUGGCUGAGGUUCUGAUUACGGUGUCACUCUGCAUACUUUUCUAUGACAGUCGCUCUCGCUCCGCAUUCCGAAGAAUGAAGCGUGUCAUGGAUACGCUUAUCAUAUAUGCCAUUAACAGGUGCUGUUUGACAUUACUAGUCACUAUUGCAGAGCUCACAGUGAAUCUUAAUCAGUUGAAUGAUUGGACGAUUGGAUUGGAUUUCAUCAUUGGAAAAUUAUAUGCCAACUCGCUUCUAGCAUCACUGAACUCCAGGGAACACCUUCGGUCCAAAGAUGCAUGUACCCUGUCAAAUCUACGCAUCAGUACGAUCCACUUCGAGAACCCGCCGAAACUUCCGGGGAACGCUCAGAGUUCUAAGGAUGGAGCAAGGCAGUUCGACGCGUCUGCGAUAACUACUACGUCACAAAGAGAGGGAGAAGUGUAAUUCUAGUAGUUCUAUGCGUCCGCUGCUCGGUCCUUUCGCCACACCUACAUGCAUAUACUCCUUUUGUCUCCUAAAGCUAAU